AUGCAACGCAACCUGGCUGCCAGGGUUUCCCGAAGCCUGCCACAGCUAAAUCGACAUGUAUUCACCCAGUCAUCUUCUCGUGCGAUCCCAAUUGCCAACGCCCGUCAUGCUGGCUUGGCCCACCGCAAUACCUGGAACAUUGCGCCUCGGACAGCCGUGAUGCAGGCCAGUACGCGCUAUGCCCACACAGAUGCUGGACCAGCCAAAUCAGGCGGGGCCAUUCUCGACGCGACCAGCUUCAAGGGUUCGGUCAUCACGGAGAAGCAUUGGAAGAACCAAGGCUCACCAGUCGUGGAUGCCUUGAUUGAGCCGCGCGCAAUCUUGCAUUUUAUGGGUUUCAUCACGCAGGGCGUCCUACCGAACGGAAAGAAGACUGAUUUGGCUUUGCUCGAGCCAGAUGAAUUCCCACUGUUCAUGAACCCAACUUCUGAAUGGGCACCUGCGCCAUUCAACAAAGCCACAGUUCCCACAGUCCAAAAAGCGAUGGAGCGGAUCGCUGGUCCGGAGGACUUGAGUGGAUUGACCCAGGUUGGACAUAAUAUAAAUUUUCUCAAAAGUCGUCUCUGGGGAGGCCUUGACCCUGUGCCCACAACCCAAUGGCGCGACAAGGAGCUCAACAACCCCGAGCACUUCACAAUCGCCCAUGAAUACCUAACUUCCGUGAUUGCCGUUUUUGAGUAUCUCAAUAUCCCUCAGAUCCGGAAAAACAUGCGCGACACCUUCAACAACGUAUCCGCAGACCUAGGAGAAAUGCAGGAGGCUUUGAAUGCACGGCGCAAGGAGCAAGGAGUCUUCGCGCCUGAGCUCAAUCUUCCUGCUCUUUGGGAACAAUUUAUCCGCGCACAGUACGAAGUCAUGACCAGCACCGCCCAUUCCUGGGUCCUCGCCCGCGCCGCUGAAUUGCGAGCACCGAUAGUGGAUAAAUUCGCAUCGAUCCCUACCGAAACCCCACAUACUCCAGAAAUGGUGACUCUCUCAGCUCGGUGGAACGACCUUCUCGCCGUCGUGUCCAUGGCAGAUUUCAAAAUUUGGUUACCCAUGGAUGGGUACACAGGACACUAUCCACCCUCUGAGAUCGUUGCUGGACUACACAACCCCGAUUUAGCGAAUCAAGAGCAGAGUCAAGACUUUUCGAAGCUGCUCAUUGAUCGAUUUGCACAACGUCUCGAUGCCGCGAGGGUUCAAGGCCCAAGCGCAAAGAAUCCUAACGUGCCCCGCCACGAGCGCCUGCUGAUGAGCUCCGACUUACAAGAUGAACUGCGUUUGAAGACCCGCGGCCAGAGUCCGUCACCGCAGCCACCUGUGCAGCCUUGGAUUCAACAGCUUCUUCGAGGACAUCAGCAAAUCAUGAGUAUGGAUCCACAAGAGAGAAAGGGUCUUGGUUUCGGUAUCGCGAUUUACCGCGCAUCGAAAGAGAUUUCCGAUAAUGAUUGGGAGGAACUGCAGCGACGCGUGGAAGCCCACUUAUCGGCGUGGGGUGAGGAUGUACAGGGUUCUGACGAGCUGAAGCCACUUCUCAAUCUGCAUUGGUUUGACUGCAAAGAAUUGGAUUACGAUAAUCAAAGACCUACGCUCGCACUGAGGAGCCACUACAAGGAAAUUCGGUCCUCGGACGAGUGGACCCACAAGCUCGCACCAUCUAUGUUCCUUAUCGUCGAUGAAUGGGCCGUUAGGUCAUAUCUCGAUGAAAAAUAUAUGGCUAUGAGACGAGAUCAGCCAGGUUAUUUGAAGGGAGACUUCCAAGGUCAUGUUCUAGCUGUCGAUCCCGAUUUCGAUGAAAAGGCCACCCCAAGCCUAAAUACAACCAGACCAGCCGAUGAAGACCCCGAAUCUGGAAGCAUUGAAUAUUCCGGUCAUAUGCGAAUCAUGGGUAACCUAGUCUGGAGCGAGCUCUACCCCUUGCUAAUGACGCAAUCGGUGAUACUUGAGAAUCUUUGGCUGCAGUCACACGAACAUCCUUUGCAUAUGUACACGGGGCUGACAACACCGACUCAGAUCGAGUCAUGGAAGAGAGGCUGA